UUUAAAAUUAACUGACUGUGAUACUUUCGGUUCUUCUCGGAAUGUAAACAAGAAAGAUGAAGAAAGAAUGAUUUCAUCGGCAUUCGUUUAUUACAAGAAUAAAAUGACUGUUGAUUAGAGAGAACUUCUACACAUAUAUUCCAUUUUGUAUUAACAUGGCUGAUCCUCUUUCUGGGAUUGCAAUUAUUAUUUGCAUAGCAUUUGGGGUUUUAACUUUUGUGCUAUUAUUUAUAUUUGCAAACAGACAAAUAAAGAGAUUCUCUUUGAAGUCUAAAUUUGGUCCGCACUUCCCUAUUGCUCAAGAUGCCCCUAAAAGUGUUCAGAAUGAAAUAAAUAGGAGACUUGAUGUUGUAAAAACCAUUGCCUAUCAGCCAACCCUUCUAAAAAAAUCUGAUGAAAUUUAUUUUACUGAAGAAGCUAAUAGUAUUCAUAAGCCGUGCCAUCUUUAUCGAAUGAAAGCUUUGGAUUCCAUUUCUACAUUAGAUGCUGCUAUUAUUGCUGCUGAUCCUACAAAAGUUAGAUCUUUCAAUCAAGAUUACAGAGUGUACUUAGUUCGACUUUAUCAGAAUGGUCUUUUUGGCCAGUUAGAAAUAUCUACAAUUCAUCGAUAUGCUGAUUUAUAUGAGCUUGCAAGACAUGAACCAGGAGAUUUCAAUGAAGAACAUUAUCUACAAUUCAUUGACUUAAUGAUACAGAUACAGCACAAUAUAUCAAGCAAAACCUGUUCAAGGCAACCUACUGUAAGUAAAAAUGCCUCUUGUUCUACACAUACUUCUGAAUCAUCUAGGCACAUCACUAAUGGUAAAGUUCCAGCAGUCCCUAGUUGUUUGCAGGUUGAGACUAAUACUGAAGAUAAAAAAUCCACUUAUGAAACGUCCGUGUAAUGCUCUUUACAGUAUUUGCUACCUAAUAAGUAGUUCCUGUUUUUAGCCACACUUUGUUAAUUUUAUUAAUAUAUUAUUUGAUCUGUGAUGUACUUUAAUAUUUUCACUCUUUAAAGAAAUAUUUAUUUGUUAUUUUUAUGUCCAUGUGCCUUGCACAAUUUCCCCAAAAAAUGAAGUUCAGUAAACUUGCAUGUAUUCUUUAUUUUAUUCAGGAAAAUAUUAUAAUUUAUUAUCUUUAGUGAACUGGAAUCAAAUGCAAAAAUAUCUUAAAAUAGUGGUGUUGAAUUCUUUAUUUGUUUCAAAAUCAGUUUCUACAGAAUAGUUUAAUAUUAUGAUUUUUAUUGAUAGUUAUUAUUUAAGCUUAAGCUCAUUUAUUGAUCUAAUUUCUUAUGAUUAGUUAUUUAAAUAUCAAGCUUUCCAAAAAAAAAAAAAAAAAAGCAUGGUACUUAGGUGAUACAUUUAUAGGAUGAGAGUUUGCAUUUCUGAUGGAGUGUUCUGUAACAAAACUUAAAUUCAUUUUAUUCCAAUUAGUUUCCAGAGGCUCCAAUAAUCUUUGAAGUUAGGUCAAGCAUGAAAAAUCAGUUCAAUCAUAUAUUAUGAACGUAUUGGUGAAAACAUUAUUUGUGCAUGUUUGAGGGCAAUACUUUAGCUAAACUGAACUUGGUUGCAUAUUCUAUCACUAUUUCAGUUAAAGAAAUAGUGACAGUAAUAUUGAGUUUGCUCAAUAUUACAAGUGUGACUUAAUACAUUGUGAAAAAUUUCAUGAUAUAUGCCUUUACAUGAAUUGUUUGUGCAUUGCUAUUAACAAAGCAUUUAUAAUUGACACUCAAUGUGGUCAGUCACUUUCUGUAACAUUCUGCACAAAUUAUUUUCCAAACAAUCAUUAUGCAUUUUUACUUAAUAAUUUUCUUUUUCCUUGGGUUACUUGUCAACCUAUAGGUUUUUAAAACUUUUUAAAUACUUGAUCUAUCUUUAAUGCUCUCAAAUUACAUGUAUUUUAUUCUUGGAGA